CUUUUUAGCUUUCUUGUCUAGAGGAGAAACACCACAAGAUGGAUCAGAACACUGUCUAUCAAUUAUUUGUAGCUACUUAUCACCCUGAUCCCAAUGUACACAAGCAGGCUGAAUUAAAUAUCAGAAAUAUUGAAUCCAAUAAUGGUUUCUUGCCUAUUGUCUUACAAAUCCUUGCUUCUGAGGAACUUGAGCUCGGUGCUCGUCAAGCAGCUGCCAUUUACUUCAAGAACCGUUUGAACAAAGCUUGGGAUGGUGAACGCGAGUCUGCUGUGCCUAUUAAUAAUGAUGACCGCAACAUGGUCAAGCAAACCAUUCUUCAAGCUCUCGUUACAGCUCCUAAUCAAGUCCAGGUACAAUUGACCUCUACUUUAAACACUAUCUUGACCAACGAUUUUCCCGAUAACUGGCCCAACUUUGUCAGCGAACUCGAAAGAUUAUUGACUUCAAGUGACUUUCGCUUAGUAUAUGUUGGUUUGUUGGCUUUACGCGAAGUUGUGAAGGUCUAUCAAUGGAGAACUGGUAACAAGCGUGAACCUUUCAGACAGUUGGUCAAAUUGACUUUCCCUGCUAUUCAAAACAUCAGCUCCAACCUUAUUUCCAACGAUAGCAUUGAAGCAGCCGAGAUGUUGAAGUUAUCUCUCAAGAUUUACCAUACUGCUAUUCAAGCUGAAUUACCCAAGACGUUGCAAGACCCUGCUUCUCUUGUUCCUUGGGGUACUUUGUUCUUACAGUUGAUUGAAAAGAAAAUCCCCAACGAGGCUUUACCUGCCGAUGCUGAUGAACGUGAUCGAUACCCAUGGUGGAAAACAAAGAAAUGGGCUUACCACUGCUUGAACCGUCUUUUCUCCAAGUAUGGUAAUCUUGCCACUAUGCCCCGCAGCACACCUGAAUACAAUGCUUUUGCAAAGCAAUUUUCUGCUAACUUUGCACCUAACAUUCUUCAAGCUUAUUUGGGUCAAAUUGAACUUUGGAUUAAGAAAGAAAUCUGGAUUCCUAGCAAGUGUUUAGCCUUGACUUCUUCCUUUUUCGCUGACUGUGUCAAGAACAAGACUACUUGGCAAUUGUUGAAGCCUCAUUUUGAAACUUUGGUGGCUCAUUUCAUUUUCCCUCAACUCUGUUACUCUGAACAAGAUCAAGAAUUAUGGGAUGAAGACCCUGUUGAAUUUGUUCACAAGAAGGUAGACCCUCUUGAAGACUUCCACUCUCCUCAAACAAACGCCAUGAACUUCUUGAUUGAUCUUGCUCGUGAUCGCAAGAAGCAUACUUUUAUGGGUAUCUUGAAUUUUGUGAACGGUAUUCUCAACAAGUACUUGGAAACCCCUGAAGAUCAAAAGAACCCCAAAGAAAAGGAUGGUGCUCUUUGUAUGAUUGGUGGCCUUGCCUACCAAGUCCUCCAAAAGAAAUCCCCUGUCGCCAACAUGAUGGAACCUUUCUUUGUUACACACGUCCUUCCUGAAUUCAAGAGCAAGUACCCCUUUUUGAGAGCGCGUGCUUGUGACUUGACCAGACAUUUCAGUGAUUUGGAUUUCAGCAACGAACAGAACUUAGCUACUUUGUACCAGUGUUUGACAGACUGUAUUCGUGAUACUGAAUUGCCUGUCAGAGUCCAAGCCUGUCUUGCUCUUCAACCCUUGAUUCGCCACGAAAGUGUCAGAAAUGCCAUGGCUCCCAACUUGCCUUUUAUCAUGCAAGAAUUGCUCAACUUGACCAACGAGAUUGAUAUUGAUACUUUGGCCAACGUGAUGGAAGAAUUUGUCGAAGUGUUUGCUGAGCAAUUGACACCUUUUGCUGUUCAACUCUGUACUCAAUUGCGUGAUACUUUCUUGCGUAUCAUGGAAGAAUUGAACCAAAACAACACUUUGCAAAGUGCUGAUGAUGAUGAAUUUACAGGUGAUAUUGAUGAAUUGAGUGACAAGACCAUGGCUGCUAUGGGUGUCCUCAAGACCAUUGGUACCUUGAUCCUUAGUUUGGAAAGCACACCUGAAGUGUUGCAACAAUUGGAAAACGCACUUUUGCCUGUGAUUACUUAUACAUUGGAAAACAAGAUCUUGGACUUGUACGACGAAAUUUUUGAAAUCAUUGAUUCUUGUACUUUCUCUUCUAAGCGUGUUACACCUACUAUGUGGAGUGUGUUUGAGUUGAUCUAUGCUGCCUUCAAGGACAGUGGUAUUGACUACAUGGAAGAAAUGUUGCCUCCUCUUGACAACUACAUCUCUUAUGGUAAGGAUGUGUUUGUUUCUAAUGAACAUGUUCAACAUUUGAUGUUUGAUAUCAUUGAUACUGUAAUGAAAAGCGAUCGUGUUGGUGAAAACGACCGUAUCUGUGCCUGUAAGUUGAUGGAAUCUGUCUUGCUCAACUGCCGUGGUCAUGUUGAUAUGUGUGUUGGCCCUUUCCUUAACUUGGCAUUCCAAUACAUCUUUACUGGAUCCAUGAAGACAACUGAAUUCAAGGUUCACUGUAUUGAAGUUGUCGUCAACUGUAUUUACUACAACCCUGCUCUGACCCUUCGUUUGUUAGAAGAAAACAACUGGACUCAAGGUUUCUUUACUCUCUGGUUCAACACACUCAGCAAAUUCUCUCGUGUUCAUGAUAAGAAGCUUGUCAUUGUCGCCCUUUGUGCUCUUUUGGAAUUGCCUACUGACAUGAUUCCUUCUUCUCUUCAAGCCGGUUGGUCUCAAAUCUUGGCCUGUAUGGUUCAAGUUUUCCAGACACUUCCCAAGGCUAUGGAAAACCGUGAAAACAUGGAGAAAUUAUACGGUGACUUUGACGAUGACUUUGGAGGUGACGAUGAUUUCAGUGGUUUUGAUGGAGCCAGUGGAGACGAAGAUGAAAUUGAAGAGGGAGGAGAUGAUGAAGAUAUUCCUGAUGAAGACAAUGAAUAUAUUGAAUACCUUGCCAGCCAAGCAGCAUCCCAUGCAGACGGCUUCAGUGAUCUUGAUGAAGAUGAGGAAGAAAUGGAAGAAGAAAUCUUGUUUGAAUCACCCUUAGACGAAGUAGAUCCUUACAUUCGAUUUGAGCAAGUAUUUAGAAACUUACAGCAGAACAACAGUGCUUCUUAUACCCUAUUGACAAAGGAUUUGAAUGCUGAACAACAAGCACAAAUUAUGACUGUUUUAUCUACUGCUGAACAACACCGUACUGCACCUGCACCUGUUCCUGGUACUCACUAAUUGCAUUCUACAUAAAACAAAGUAAAAGAAGAAAAAAAGAAAGAAAAAAAAGAACACUUAUAUAUAAUUAUAUUAUAGCCCUUUCAUCCCCUUUUUUAGAAUAUAAAUAAAAUAAUCGUUUUUAUAAAUUCA